UACACGCGCGUAACGCACGCACACGGUGCCGUGGACCACCCGUAUACACGCGCGGCCGCGCCGCGUACACCACCGCCCUGAAUCCGGACGGGGACUUUAGCACACCGACACCUCCGCGGGAGGUGUGGGGGUGAGCCCCCAGAGUAGGUGUCAAUCCUAGCGCUGCUCAGUGACCAUCGCGGCGCCACCCAAGUAACACCUUUCGUCCGGCUCUUCGGCCUCGACCGAUCCUCCACUCAAAUCGUCAAAUCGUGGUUAUCGAAGGACGGAGAUAAGCCCCGUGUCUCUUUUUCUCGUCGUUCGAGUCAUCGUCGACUCGCGCUCUUUACUUCGCGUGCGCGCGUGUCAACCGGCAUGUGAAACGCCUUCGAACUGUCGAAAAUCCCGCGUGUCGUCAACGUCCGUCGGACGGUCGAACGGCUGCCUGAAACUUGUAACAGUGUUUGACAGAAGCAAAGAGAGGGAAAGAGAGAGAGAGAGACGCAGGGAGUGACGCGAGAAGUCAGUGGUGAGUGAACGUAGGAUCUGCUUGCUGUUGGAGUGUCAAGUGUCUCGACAUGAGAGUGACUCUUAUACUGAAAAUCUACCACGCGGCGUCACCGUAGACGUCCGCCCGCGAGUGACAGCACGAGUGCCAGUGUACAAUUCUUUCUUGUUUUACUUCGGACGACUCGCUCGUUUCACGACUCUCGCGAGUGAUAUCUCGAAAGUACUUUGCGUCAUGAAGGUGAAGGCACGCUGAAGCGGACACGGCAGGAUCAAGCAGUCGUAAGAUGUCGACUAGACGAUUUUUGGCAAUAGCCAGCGAGAGGACGAUCGUCGGCAGCGAUUUUCCGCAGCUGGAAAUUCGCGUGGAAGAGAAACGCGGGCGUUUCGAGGAUCGCGAUUCACGAUUUUGAGUUUGGCGAGUGCCAAACGUCUAUCUAGAGAACGCGUGUGUGUGUGUGUAUGUGUGCAUAUAUGUGUGCGCGACCGCGCGAAUAUGAAAAACAAGCGCGAUUGUUGAACGCAUCGGACACAAUACUCGCAGUGAGAGCAGUCUUCGGCUUCCGACGGCUUGACGAGCGGCUCGCGCGAGCGACAGACGCUUAUUCGAAAAACAAGUGCGAGGUGGAGCAGAAAGAAAGAAAGAGAUAGAGAGAAUCAUCGCGCGAGUAGCAUUGGAAGCAGGUUUGAGUCACUCGAAGAGGAAUCUCGCGCGACUCGGCACACCCGCCCGUCUCGAUGAGAUUCGAACAAGACACAGCGUGCAGGGGUACCCACUGCGCCAGCACUCCGCAACCCUCCGCGCUGCAGCAGCGAUCACGGCCCGAGGAGGAGGUGGUGGUGGAGGAGGAGGAGGAGGACGACGACGACGAGGACGAUUCCUCCAAGAAGGACAUCGACGGUCAACGGCGUAGACUUGGUGGCAUAGAAUUGGAGGCUAACGUGGUCGAGGGUGCGAACACGGGGCCGCGGGCCGAGGCGGGGGGGCCUGGGAUGGCGUAUCCCGCAUCAGCGACGGCUUUGAAUCAGCACUCGCCCUUCGCAAGCGCGAUCGCCGGAGGCACGCCGCCCGCGAGCAACCCCAACGGCCACAUCGGUGCCGGCACCGGACAUCUGCCGGCACCGGCGGCACCCAGGCCGACGGACUUUAGCGUCUCCUCGCUGCUGACCGCGGCGAGCACCCAUCCGCCCGGUAUCCUGGGCGGCUCGUCGUCGCAGAGUAGCGCAUCACCGCCACCCGGCGGACCCGGUAGUCCGGCCGCGGCUCCGGAAACGCCGCCGCCUUUGCCGGUGAGCGGCCAACGCGACUUGUCUCACCCGUCCUCGGCGGUGGCGGCCGCCAGCUACUUCAGCGCUGCCGCUCUGGCGGCAGCGGGUUUCUACAAUCCCGCGGCGCAUCUACCGCCCACGAGCUCGCCGGGGCCAACGGCGGCCGCCGCCGCCGCUGCUGCGGCGCAUCAUCUCCAGGGCAAGGGGAUACUCACCGGCGCCCAUCAUCAUCCGCAUCUCAAUCCGCACGGUAUCACGCCGCCAGGUCUAGGUCUGGGUCCGCACACGCCGGAAGAGGCCGCUGUCCUGGCGGCAGCCGCGGCGGCCUUACAUCAUCAUCACCAAGGUCCUGGCGGUCCGGCGAUGAGGCCCCUGAGGCCGCCGCUACCGCCGGGGAUGCUCCACACGUCGCCGCAUCCCCUGGCCACGCAUCACCCCCUUACGGCGCCGCAUCAUCCCCUCGUACCGCCCCAUCAUCCGGAAGAGGAUGGUGUCGUUGACGAUCCCAAAGUCACGCUUGAGGGCAAGGAGCUUUGGGAGAAAUUCCACAAGCUCGGAACGGAAAUGGUCAUUACGAAGAGCGGCCGGCAGAUGUUUCCUCAGAUGAAGUUCCGAGUUUCCGGCCUGGAUGCUAAGGCCAAGUACAUCCUUCUGCUGGACAUUGUCGCCGCCGACGACUACAGAUACAAAUUCCACAACAGACGCAUGUUUCCCGCGUAUAAAGUGAGGGUGUUCGGGUUAGACAAGCAGGCUAGCUACAUACUUCUAAUGGACAUCGUGGCAUCGGACGAAUGCCGAUAUAAAUUUCACAACAGUAGGUGGAUGGUAGCGGGUAAGGCGGAUCCGGAAAUGCCGAAGAGGAUGUACAUACAUCCGGACUCGCCGAGCAGCGGCGAGCAAUGGAUGCAGAAGGUCGUGAGCUUCCACAAACUCAAGCUCACCAACAACAUCAGCGACAAGCACGGCUUUGUAAGUACUACGAUACUGAACUCGAUGCACAAGUAUCAACCGAGAUUUCACCUCGUGCGAGCCAACGACAUCCUGAAACUUCCGUAUUCGACGUUCAGAAGUUACGUUUUCAAGGAGACGGAAUUCAUUGCCGUAACGGCUUAUCAAAAUGAAAAGAUCACCCAGCUGAAGAUCGAUAAUAACCCUUUUGCGAAAGGAUUUCGGGACACUGGCGCGGGAAAGCGCGAGAAAAAAAGGCAGGCGCUACUGACAGUAUCGGGCGGCGGUUCCCGUUUGACAGCUGGCGGACCAGCGUCGCCGGACAAGAGACGCUCAUCCAACUCUGCCACCGAUCUCAUGGAUGACGAGGACAAGCUGCUGGAUGUGGUCGGCCCCGACACGCCACAUCCGGCCCAUCAUCAUCGGGAACGGGAGCACUCCCGGGAAAGGGAUGACCGAACGAGCGAGCGGGGCGAAGGUAGCGAAUCGUCCGGGUCUGAGAGUGGCGGCGGGCCAGGCCCGACCGGGUCCGAGGGCCCACGGCCGGAUGUCUCCGUCGGUCCGCCACUUCAUCCGCCACUGUUGCCGUAUCUGUAUCCGCCGGUUCCCGGACUUUAUCCUGGACCCGGUCCCCUGAUACCACCCACGCCCCUGGGUCUGCACGGCGGUGUCACACCCGGCAUGCUGUUCAACGCCCAACUGGCCUUGGCGGCCUCUCAACAUUCAGCGCUCUUUGCGCACUAUCCGCAUCCUCUGGCGAGUCCCUUGCAUCAGCUAAAGGGUCACAGAUUCGCGCCCUAUACCCUCCCGGCUCCUUCGCACGGUUCCGCUUUUGAGACCGUGACACCCGGCAGCAGGACCUUGAGCCCGAGAUCGCCACCGCCGAGGCCACCAACCGAUUCGCCGACGCCCACCAGUGGCAGCGCUCUGACCUCCACGACGCCCAGCUCUGCGGGCGAACUCAAGUCUAUCGAGAACAUGGUGAACGGGCUGCAAGAAAAGAGACGGAGAAGUCCCAGUUUGACGCCCGGGCAUCGGGGCGACGAUGCCGGCGGGGGGAGUCCGUGACAGGAGAACGAACCUGUGAGCAGUACGAAGGACGAUCCAGAUGAGGAUUGCGCCGACGAGUCUGGCGGCGACCCGGAAGACCUCUCCGCCGACGAGAGGGAGCCGGACUCUACGUCGGAGCCGUCGUAGCGGUAGGAACGUCGACUGGUCGAUAUUCGGUUCUCAGUCUUCUGCCUCUUCCUCCUUGUCUUAUUUGGGAAUCUUGGUUGCGCUCGAUCGUCUGCCAGGAUUUUUGCUGGACGCGCCGGAGGGGAGCGAGGAUGGCCGGACUCUCAUACUAUAAAGUGCAAUUUUAUUUCCGGAGUAGCGCCGCGCUCGAGAAGUCGUGCUCACGAGCGAAAAUGGCACUCUUCGUGCUUUCGGGACAGGACAAGGAGUCCUUCGCGUGUUUCCUGUAUCUGUAAAUAGACUUCAGUGCACGAUCCGCGUGCGUUAGGAGUAUAUCUCUGUUGGAAGACCGCGUGGCGGGAUACGGUAGACUCUCGACCAACGUUGCGCCUAUUACGCGUUAAUGUAAAUUUAAACGAGACGCAAAGGUGAAUGCGAUAGGAGGAAAAUGAAUGCGAGAGAGGAAGAGAGAGUCUACGAGCGCGUACCUGUAUCUCGUGUGAGUCUACGUUCUACCUGUGUACGUUAGGUCUCAAGGGAAAAGAACAGAGAAUAUUGCAAUAUAAGAGCACCUCCUAUUAUUUGCAGUCCCUGUAUAUAUGUAC